UAACUCUCAUGAGUUUAUAUCAAUACGAAAUGCAGAACAUAUUUUGUAUAAAUCUGUUGUUUUUUGCGUAUGGACGUCCAUUUUUAAGUUGCGUACCGUCGCGAGUUGAAUUAAUUGAGUUUCAGUACUGUAUUUGUCAAUGCGAGCAACAAUUGUCCAGAAGAUUUCACCCUCUUCUAAAAGUCACUUUCAAACAGACACGGAACCCCAGAUCCGGAACAACGUUUAUUUAAGCGUUAUUUUGGGCAUUUUCGAGAAUGGAGCAGAAUAAUACUAAAGCAAAUAUAGAGAAUAACAUUGCCGAAGCCGAAGGAGGAGAGAUAUUUGAAGAAACAUCGAAAAAGGAAAAGGUGGACUGUUCUCAUCGUGUCAUAGAGAAACGACGCCGAGACCGAAUCAAUAAUAGUUUACUACAGUUAAGCAAACUUAUCCCAAUCGAAAAUUUCAACAAAAAGAAUAAUGGCAAAUUAGAAAAAGCCGAGAUUCUCGAAGUAACAGUUAAUUAUUUGACACAACAAAAGUUUAAAAAAGAACAAGAGGAAUCUUCAACACAGACUCCCAAUCACACAGAAACAAUCCAAGGAACCCAUGAAGCAAGCAAGAACCAACAGCAAAUUGAUCUUAAUGUGUUUCUGAAAGGUUUUAAGCAAUGUAUAUCAGAUGCGACGAAGUUCUUCCAGGAUAUAGAGGAACUGGAUGUGUCAGAAGGGCGAUGUUAUAGACUGAUACAACAUCUUAAAAGGCAAACCUCUAGAUAUGAGACGAAAGAGCGAGACUUGUCUAAUUUUGGUAGAGAAGAACGCGGAGUUUGGGAUACAGAGGAGGCGAGGACCGGUUCUGACUCCAGAAUUGUGCCAGAUUCGACCCCAAUCAAACGCAACAAUGACGGGAAUCUUGAAGAAAUCACAACAACCUGUAAGAAAUCGCGACCCUCUAAUGAAUCAAUCAGUAAACCCGAGCAAACGUCUGGAACAGAGCAAGAGUGCUUAGCAGGCAGCACCCUGGCAACGUCCCGCAAUUCCGAGACAUCGAGAAACGCGGAUCCUUCCUUAAACUAUAUGCCUUUUGUUUUCCCCAACAUGCCGUUGUUCACAACCCUUCCGUUUGCGGGGGCAAACAACAUGGCUCGUUUCCAGGCCCCCUCGUCGCAAUACCCCAGCUAUCCAUAUCAACAGCAACCGCAGUACAUACCGUUCGCUUUUCCCCAGUUCCCUGUUAUGGGUAUGAAUUUCAUGCCUGGAUUCGGCGUGGUCAAUGGUGAACAGAAUCAGAAUGGAGCCAUGCCUGCCACGGCUCCAAAUGCAUUACCAAUGCACAGCGGUGUUCCCAACCAAGCCAACCUUAACCUAAUGCCCCCUGGUAUCUCAAAUGGCUUUUUCCCCUCUAUGUACUCGAACGGCUUACAUGCAAACAUUGUGUCAAUGCGCCCAAGAGACUCUGGUUAUGAGUCGUCAGAGAAGUCCUCAUCAAGUAAAGCCAGCGGUAGUGGAACAUCGCCUCAAUCUUUUUCAGAUGAUUCUUGCCAGUCGUAUACAGCUUAAGGUUCAGUCGACUAUAUUUUAACAAAGUUCAAGGAUUAAAACCUGGAGAGGAAUAAACUUGCAGUUAAGAUAAACCAAGCUAGAGUCUUCGUUGUAUCUUCCAUGGCGUUUAGCUUAAACGGUGGAUAAGUUAAAAAUGGAAAACAAAAUUAUCUAUUUAUUGAACAACUGAGCUGAAAUAUUUCGAUGCAAAUAGUUUAGUUGUCAAUGAAAGUACAUAUUAAAUGCAUAAGAUGCAGGUUCAGUCAUUCACAAGAUCUAUGAGAGUAUUUUUAAACUUUGUUUUAUCCACCGUUUAAGCUAAUUGUAUCAAGUCCGUUUAGCGUAAAUGGUGGUUAAGUCAAAAUGAAAUUACACUCUUACAUCUCUCUUGAAUGAGUCAACUUGAGUAUUAUGCACCAAAUAUGUAGUUAUAGACAGUAUCGUUGUAUUCAGGUCAAAAACAUUUAGUUCGCUCGUUGAAUAAAAUGGCAGAAAUGCUUUCUAUUUUGAACUUAUCCACUGUUUAAGCUAAACGGGCUUGAUACCCGGCCCUUGGAGACAAAGAGUUCUAGGUGAAAUGAAUUAUUCAUUACUAGUUGCAAAGAAAUCGUUAACUAGCGGAAUAUUUUGAAUCUGUGCAUGAAUGUUCGAAAUGUUUGAAUGAAUGAAUGUUUGAAUCUGUGCAUGAAUGUUUGGUUGUAAAUAUUUCGUAAGGAAACCAUUUCACUGCAGCUGGGAAAGCACACCUAUCCUCAGUUCACGUUUUACUGUAAAUAAAAUUUUAAUUUGUGCAGAGUUCCUUGCCAUAUAUCGGCACAUCAUCACAGAUGAUUUUAUUCACAAACCAUAUUGAUUGGUUGUAAUUAGUUGUCGAUGCACUUUAUCAUAAAUAGAUGAAUAGAUAAAAGGCUUUUUAAAGUCGACCACGACAUCAAAGACGAUGUAAAAAUGCAAGUAACUUGUUACAAACUGUAAAAAGACCUUGUGACAAACAUAUCUUGUAUAAUAUGUAUAAUACCUGUAUAAUAUAACAAUACAGCUAUAGUCGCGGACGUAAAGAUGUUUUUGACCGACUUUGAGUGCAUGUCGAAUUUUGAGGAGGGCCAAAAGCAUAAUUUUGGCCAAGAAAAUCAACCGUAUUACUAUAUUCAUCAAGGCCCGUUUUAACUUGCAAUUUUUGCUGCGUUUUAUGUGCGAUUUUCUUCUUUUGAUGGAUGUGAACGCGUUGAAUUAAUUAUACUGAUGCUCAAAUAAGAGCUCUUAUUGAUCAUACAUCAGAGCAUUGGUCCAAUUACUCAUUCACAUCUAUUAAAAGAGGAAAAUCGCAGCAAAAAUCGCAAGUGUAAAUUAACGGGCCUUUAUAAUAACUUUCAGUGAAAGAGAAGGGAUUGGGUUGAUACAGGUUUAUUUCAUCCUACGGGCUACGACGCGGGGAAGUUUUUCUUUUAAUAGCUGAUGUCGUGAUAAAGAUAUUAUUAUAAUCUUUGCUUGCCGAGACAACAAACUGUCGCCUUAGAAGUGUUUUGUUGAAAGGGUCAUAGCAAAAAGUUCUGUAUAGUCUAAGAAAUAUGUGGAAACACUACAGAGUAAACUACGUGUUAUGAAGCAUGAAUAUAUGUAAUAUAAAAGUAUUAAAUUAUAUAAAUAUCUGUCGUAAAUAUAAUAUGUAUAUGUUUCAAAUCACAUGUGAUGUAUAAGAGAAAAGCAAAAAAUGUUGAUAUUUCUCAAGUUUGAGCUUAAUAUGUUAACAUGGAAAAAUACAGUAUAUGUCAUGACAAG